UUUCUCCAGCGAGUUUUGUUUGUUAAUUUAGAAUGCAGAAAUGAACCUUUUAACUUUACUCUGAAAGCAAAUAUUGACUGUGUUUCAUAGUAAUCUGGACUUUGCACAGGAGUGGAAAAGCCUGACAUUCCUGAAAAUGGCAGCUGAGACAUCCACAGAAGUUCCAAAAACUGCUAGACAAUUCGUCCUUAAAGAAGAGGUAAUUGUAGAAAGAAAAUGGUUGAAGCUUGAAGAAACAACUUACACUGAUCCCUUUGGUAAAACCAGAACUUGGGAAACUGUAAAGCGUACUGGCAACAGAAAGGGCGUUUCAGCUGAUGGUGUAGCUGUGAUAGCGGUACUACAGAGAACUCUCCACUACGACUGCAUUGUCCUGGUGAAACAGUUCAGGCCUCCAAUUAAUGGCUAUUGCUUGGAAUUUCCUGCAGGCCUCAUUGAGGAAAAUGAGACUGCAGAAAGCGCUGCUUUACGAGAGUUGGAGGAAGAAACUGGGUACAAGGGGGAAGUUGUUGAAUGUACUCCAGCUCUCUGCUUGGACCCAGGUUUGUCAAACAGCACGACACACAUUGUGAGCGUCACCAUUAAUGGAGAUGAGGCUGAGAAUACAAGACCCAAGCAAAAACUUGAUGAUGGAGAAUUUGUGGAAGUUAUUUCACUUCCAAAGAACGACUUACUGCAAAGAAUUGAUGAACUAGUAGCAGAAGAACAUAUUGCAGUGGAUGCCAGGGUUUAUACUUACGCAUUGGCUCUGAAGCGUGCAGCAGAAAAACCGCUCCAAGUUCCUUUUAUGAAGUUCUAAAACUAGAUGAUGAGAAAUUUAGUUGAAAACUUCCCAGUUCAGAUGGCUUAGAGGUAUAACUCUUCUUGUAAUAAAGGUCCUUUGCUUUACUUGUAGAACAAAAUAAAGUAUUUGUAGGAAUGAUUCUGAUAUUUUUAUCUGGAAUUAUGUAACUGACAAAAAGCAUUCCUUCUAACCGUUCAGUCUAUCAAGCUUUGACAGAAUAAUCAUAAUAAAAAUGCUGUUUAAUUUUCAGAA